CAACACACAGAGAGGGAGAGGGUAGAGAGACCUUUAGACAGGGUGUAUUUCAGGAUAAGAUUUGCCAAGGAGAAGAAGAAGCAGACCGUAGAGGAAGAGUUGUGUACAGUAGAAGAGUUGUUUAAAUGGAGCACCUGUGCAGUGUGAGCGGUCUGGACCCUCUCUGGGACUGGAACCUCACAUGGUACACCUCCAGACCAGACCUGACCCAGUGUUUCCAGCACACUGUACUGGUGUGGUUCCCCUGUAUUUACCUGUGGACCUGUUCUCCUCUUUACCUGCUCUAUCUGCAGCUCCGCCCCCACCAAGGUGUCAUCCCACUAACCAAACUCUGCUGCAGCAAGAUGCUCCUGGGUCUCAGUCUGGCGUCCUUCGGUCUUCUGGAGAUGUUUUACUUUUUAGUGAAGAAGAACGAGGAGAUCCAGAACCAGCUGCUGGUCCUGCUGGGUCCACUGAUCCGGAGCCUCACUCUGGUUCUGGCUGUUGUGAUAAUCCAGGUGGAGAGGAUGAAGGGCAGUCGUUCGUCUGUCCUCCUCUUCCUCUUCUGGACUCUUCUGGUUCUUUGCUCCAUCAUUCCUCUGAAGGUUGACAUCGAUCAGAUCAUUGAUCAGGGUUUUUCAUCAGACGCUGUUCGUUUCACAGCGUUCUUCGUCUGCUUUUCCAUCCAAUUAAUUGAACUCAUCCUCAGCUGUUUCUCAGACCGCCGACCGUGCUCUGACAAACACAACUACGUCCAGAACCGGUGUCCAGAGGAAGAUGCUUCAUUUCUUUCCAAGUUUUUCUUCUUCUGGUUCAGCGGUCUGGUGGUUCAGGGUUACCGGCGCCCUCUGCAGGCUGAAGAUCUGUGGUCUCUGCGGGAUCAAGACUCAUCGAUCCGGAUCAUGAUGGACUUGGAGAAGUUCUGGACUCAGAACUGUAAAAAGCUGCAAGAGGAGCCUACAGGUUCUGGACCAUCCCGGAUCCAGUUCUGGCCCCAAUCCUGGUCCCUGUCCUGGUCACAAUGUUCUGCAAGACCAACAGAAAAAACUCACCUGUUGAAGAAGGACAGGAAGGGGCAGGUCAGCAGCCUCUUCCUUAUACACGCUCUUGGGCGGAGCUUUGGACUAUACUUCCUGUGUGGGACACUGUGCCUCCUCCUCCACGAUGCCUUCAUGUUUGCUGUGCCACAGGUGCUCAGUGCUCUGCUGGACUUCAUGCAGGACAAAGAAGCUGCGACGUGGAAAGGCUUCCUGUUCACCUCGCUUCUCUUCCUGCUCUCCUGUCUGCAGUCGCUGCUCCAUCAUCACUACAUGUUCAACUGCUUCACUGUGGGGAUGAGACUGAAGACGGCUGUGAGCGGCCUCGUUUACAGGAAGAGUUUGGUGAUGAGCAGUGCGGCGCGGCAGCAGUGCACUCUGGGAGAAACCAUUAAUCUGGUUUCAACAGACACUCAGAAGCUGAUGGACUUUGUGGUUUAUUUCAACAGCAUUUGGAUUGCUCCAAUCGAGAUCACACUCUGUUUCUACUUCCUGUGGCAGCUGCUUGGUGUAUCUGCUCUGGCUGGUAUCACUGCUGUUGUUCUGAUCUUCCCUCUGAACGGAGUCAUCGCUAAAGUGAGAAGCAAACUGCAGGAGGCUCAGAUGAAGUUCAUGGAUGAUCGCAUCAAACUGAUGAAUGAGAUCUUGAGUGGCGUGAAGAUCCUAAAGUUUUACGCCUGGGAGGAAGCAUUCUUACGACGAGUCGGCGUGCUGAGAGACGGAGAACUGAACGCCCUGAAGGAAUCUCAGAUCCUUUACUCCGUCUCUCUGGCUUCAUUCAACUCCUCCCCCUUCCUGGUGGCCUUGUCAGUGUUUGGCGUCUUCGUGUUGAUGGAUGAGCAUAAUGUUCUGGACGCUCAGAAAAUCUUUGUUUCUGUUGCUCUCAUCAACAUCCUGAAGACUCCUCUGAGUCAGCUGCCAUUCGCCAUGAGCACCACCAUGCAGGCCAUCGUCUCACUCAGACGUCUGACAAACUUCCUGUGUCAAGACGAACUGAAGUCCGACAACGUGGAGAGACUUCCUCAUACCUCAGAUGGAGAUGGUGUUGUGAUCGAGGGCGGGUUCUUCUCCUGGUCCCAUGAUUGCUCUCCGUGUCUGCAGAGGAUCAACAUGAAGGCGAAGACCGGCACUCUGGUGGCCGUGGUCGGCCACGUCGGAUCAGGGAAGUCAUCUCUGCUGUCGGCCAUGUUAGGAGAGAUGGAGAGGAGACGUGGCUCCGUUUCCAUCAAGGGUUCAGUGGCCUACGUCCCCCAGCAGGCCUGGAUCCAGAAUGCCUCCCUGAAGGACAACGUUUUGUUUGGUGGAGAGAGGAAGCAGAGCUGGUACCAUCGCGUGCUGGAGGCCUGCGCUCUGCUGCCAGACCUGGACCUCCUGCCUGCAGGAGACUGCACUGAGAUUGGGGAGAAGGGUCUGAACCUAUCCGGAGGUCAGAAGCAGAGGGUGAGUCUGGCUCGGGCUGUCUACAGGAAGUCAGAUGUUUACUUGUUGGAUGACCCGCUGUCGGCUGUUGAUGCUCAUGUAGGACAACACAUUUUUGAUCGAGUGAUUGGACCGAGAGGACUCCUGAAAGACAAGACCCGCGUGCUGGUGACUCAUGGCCUCAGUUUCCUGUCUAAAGCAGACCUGGUCCUGGUGAUGGAAGAUGGUCAGAUCUCUGAGAUGGGCUCCUACAUGGAGCUGAUGGACAGAAAGGGAGCCUUCGCCAAAUUAAUCCAAACCUUCAGUGGAAACCAGCACAGAGAGAGCGCCACCCUCCGUGACAAGAGCAGCAGGAAGUCGGUGUCUCGCCUCAGUGUGACUGAUUUCUCCAUCGAUCUCUCUCAGGAGCAGCUGAUCAGCUGUGAUAUGAGCAGUGCCAGUGUUCAGGUGAUGGAGGCUGUUGAACAGGAUUUGGAUGUUGAGGCUGCUGGUCAACUGACAGAGGUUGACAAGGCUCACACAGGGAGGGUGAAACUGCAGAUGUACAGAGAGUACUUCAGGACCAUCAGCCUGACCUUCAUCAUGACCAUCAUCUUCCUCUGUGCCUUCCAGCAAACUGCCUCAUUGGCCUAUAACUAUUGGCUGAGCCUUUGGGCAGACGAGGUGCCUGUCAAUGGCACCCAGAGUAACCACGAGCUGAAACUGUGCGUGUUCGCAGCACUCGGCUUCACUCAAGGGAUGGCCAUGUUUGGGACCACACUUGCCAUCGCUCUGGGUGGUAUCGUAGCCUCACGUCACCUUCAUGCCGAUCUUCUACACAAUGUCCUGCAUUCACCUAUGUCCUUCUUUGAGGUGACUCCCAGUGGAAACCUCCUAAACCGUUUCUCCAAAGAGAUGGACGCCAUUGACUGCAUGAUUCCUGAUGGGCUGAAGAUGAUGUUGGGCUACCUAUUCAAGCUGCUGGAGAUCUGCAUCAUUGUGUUGUUAGCCACGCCAAUUACAGGGCUGGUACUCCUCCCUCUGACCUGUGUCUACAUUUUCAUACAGUGUUUCUAUGUGGCGUCAUCAUGUCAGUUGCGACGACUGGAGGCAGUGAGUCGCUCGCCGAUUUACAGCCACUUCAAUGAGACGGUGCAGGGCACUGCUGUCAUCCGAGCCUUCGGUAAACAGCAGCACUUCAUACUGCAGGCCAACCGUCACAUCGACAAAAACCAGGAAGCUUAUUUCCCUCGCUUCAUCGCCACCAGGUGGCUGGCAGUGAAUCUGGAGUUUUUGGGGAAUCUGCUCGUUUUGGCUACAGCUAUCUUGUCAGUACGAAAUCGGGAUGAACUAAGUCCAGGGAUUGUGGGAUUGGCCGUUUCUCACUCUCUCCAGGUUACAGGAAUCCUGAGCUGGAUUGUUCGAUCCUGGACUGACGUGGAGAACAACAUUGUCUCGGUGGAGCGAGUGAAAGAGUAUGACAACACACCCAAAGAGGCAGCAUGGACCUUUGAAGGCUGUGUCCUGCCAGCGUCCUGGCCAGCCACAGGAACCAUCCAGUUUGAAGAUUAUGGACUGCAGUACCGUAAAGGUCUGGGCUGGGCCUUAAAGGACAUCUCCAUCAACAUCCAGAACAGAGAGAAGGUGGGAAUUGUUGGAAGAACGGGAGCUGGAAAAUCUUCUCUCACUUUGGGAAUCUUCAGGAUUCUGGAAUCAGCUAAGGGACGGAUUGUUAUCGAUGGGAUCGACAUUGCUCAGAUCGGCCUUCAUGAUCUCAGAUCCAGAAUCACCAUCAUUCCUCAGGACCCAGUGUUGUUCUCUGGUUCUCUGAGGAUGAAUCUGGACCCCUUUGAUCUUUGUUCAGAUGAAGCUCUGUGGAAAGUUCUGGAACUGGCUCAUCUUGACAGCUUUGUGUCAGCACUGCCACAAAAACUGAACCAUCAAUGCUGUGAAGGAGGGGAGAACCUCAGUCUUGGUCAGCGACAACUGCUGUGUUUGGCCAGAGCUCUGCUAAGGAAUACCAGAAUCCUGGUUCUGGAUGAAGCCACAGCAGCUGUGGAAGACCAGCUGAUCCAGUCCACCAUCCGUACCCAGUUUGAUCACUGUACAGUCAUAACCAUUGCUCACCGCCUCAACACCAUCAUGGACUACACCAGGGUCAUUGUGAUGGACCAAGGUUCCAUUGCAGAGAUGGACUCGCCCUCUCAGCUCAUCCGCCUGCAGGGUCACUUCUAUCAAAUGUGUCUUGAGGCUGGUUUGGCCUGACAUAUGCUGUUAAAAAAUAAAUAUAGUAAGGCUAGAGAUCACAUGUGUUUCAUGACCUUAUGGACAUUGGACAAGGAUUUGUGUUUAAGAUCUGCUAGGCCAGGUUCAGUAUCUGGAUGUGUGACCCGGACUGAGACAAUCUCUUACUGACCAGAAAUACAGAAAUAAAGUGACAGAGAAUUAGCUGUGAAAUCACUGCACUACUAUACUAUAUAACUAUGUCCCACCUGGGAGUCCUGACUGAUUGUGUGUUCAGUGUCCAUCUAGCUACCAAAAAUGCAGUAUGUAUACUUGACAGCAGUAAAAACAGUUUUACUGGUCAUGUAUUGGUUACUGUCAUGUGUUUCUUAUUUUUGCCACAAAGAAAAUAAAUUUGAAAUGAGUAGUGUGG